AUCUUAACGUAACGCUGCUGUUGAAGUUUCACAAAUCUACAGCUGAGUGAGGCAUGGCGUUCUUUCCCACUUUUUCAAACACAGGCUUAGUAGUCGUAUAUUUGGUGACAUUUCUUUUCCCAGUCACUCCUUCCUGUUUUUUCCAGUCCGCGUGCUCAACAUACCCCUGCAAGGCACAGCAAAGAGUUAUCUAUCAUCAAACCAUGACUCCAUCUUGGCUGGAGGCGCAUGCGUCCUAUAUUGACAGCUCUCGUUCGCUAACUGCUGCACAGCUCACUUUCAACGCAGGCUCUAAGAAGAACCCUGCUCUACUUAAAGUUCCCAUGAUUCCUGCGGGUGUGCUUAAAGAUUCAACACCGCUGACUGUUGAGAUCACGGUCGCAAAUGGUGUUAACAUUGGCCAGACGAAAGACAGCGAUAUUCGAUAUGGCGUGUCAGAUGGUAUCAGAAUGAUCGGGUUUGAAACACGUGACAAAAGGAAUUAUGGUACAGAGUCCCCAUGCUACAGAAUAGAAGGUGAUUCUGGUCGCACCUUAAAGUCUGCUCGUCGCGGACCGUUGAAGCCGAAACCUACCGACUCUUUCUACCCCGGCCAGUUUAUCAUCACCCUCAAGUUGGAUGAACGUUGGGGGUCAUGCUACAUUGCGCAUGACGGAGGCUUCGUGAGGACCGCUGGCUACAUCAACCGACUAAUGCCCAGUAAGGGACUCACUCUGGAGGUGUACAAAUCUGACGAGGGUGAAAGGGUUGGAAUCAGGUUUAUCAAAGUCUCCAUCAUAGAAGAUGAUGCAUAGAAGAAAAAGCUCUCACAGAGUGUGAAAUCAAAACCAACAGAUUCAGAGAAGGUCGAGCAUCUUAUUAGAAAUGCAAAUUAGAUUGGAGUUCUAAAACAUUAAGGCCUGCU